CUGGCUGUGGGGCGCGCGCGCGCGCCGCCGCCGCCGCGUGGGUGGCGGGCCGGCCCUCUCUGGUGGAGGUCGGCGGCGGCGGCGCCCGUCGGCUCGCCAGUUCUCGCCCCGGCCAUGCGUCAGAGCGCAGCGUCCGGCCGGCGCUAGUGACCGCCCGCGAGCGCCGCCCGUCCCGCCGCCGGCCGUUCCGCAGACCAUGCUGUCGCGCCGGGCGCUGGCCGCCGCUGGCCUGUGUCUGCUGCUCUGCUGGCUGGCGGCUGUGGCCGCCCAGCAGCCGCGGCGCCGGACGUCGCUGCUCCAGCUGCUCACGGCCGGCCGGCAUAGCUCAGAGAAGCGCUCGUUCGAGAGGCGGUUGGCGGCGCCCGCUCACCAGACGUGGCGACAGCGGCCGCCGCCGGCUGCCGGCGCCGUGCCCGCCAGCCAGCAGGCCUUUGUGCGCACCAGUCGAGCCAGCAGCCGGCCGCAGGAGUAUGACGUCCCCAUCAUUGAGUGUCCCCCGACGGAGGAGGGGAUGGACCGGUUCGCGUGUCCAACGCCCAACAUAUACGAUCGCUAUCUCUGUAUAGACGAUCACUUACUCUGCGACGGUUAUAACUCGUGUCCGGGGGGCGAGGACGAGGAUCGUCGCAACUGCCUCUUCUAUAAAACGACCAAGUCACAUCUGAAUGUGCUGGCGGACGCGCUUCUCCGGGUCAUCAGAGGCUGAGACCUGGAGCAGCGCUCAGGAAGACCAACGUCUCUCUUCUCCCUGCUGAGCCCCCGGACCUAGGUUAGCCAGCUCCGCAUCGCCGCCGAAAUCGUCUCGUCUUCUGGUACCCGUCGCCGCUGCCGCUGCCGCCGCUCUCGGUCGUCAGGCCUCGGAAGCACUGGCGUCGCGAGAUCAGCAUACUCUUCGUCAGAACGUCCAGCCGCUAGAGGUCGAAACGGUCCAACCUCAAGGGCGAUAUGGGCCUGACUGGGAUGCAGUUCUGGCUUAGCGGACGUGGAGUGUCCCCAAUCAGGUCGCGUUUCAACAGCCUAUCAACGCUUAUCUGCUCUACAUGUAUGUAGUUCUAUCAACAACCUGUUAGCCAAUGAGGCCACCAUGUCGCCUGCCUUGGUGGCCCUGCUGUUGGGCCGCGUCUGUGAGGCUCAGCGCCGGUUCAGCUCCGUGGGUCAGCCUUCUCGCGCCUGUUGUCUGUCGGCCGCCCUCGCCUCUCCGGGUCGCCGCCAGAGGAGCGUCAAAUCGGCAUACGCAUGCCCGCAGGCAUUCUCUCACUCUCUUCAGUGCCAGGUGUAAUGGGAAGAGGUUAUCACCUCCUCCCGCGAGAAGGGGGCGCGUUGGGCGGGUCUGAUGCACCUCCUAUGCGGGCCCUGUCUGAUCACUGGCAUAACCAAGACGGCCAGUUCACCUGUGUGGGAACUGGGAAAUAUCUGUUACUGUUUCCUUCGAAAAAUGGUUAUUCAUUCAAUGUGAGCGUUUCAAGACUCAACAAAGCAAUACUCGGGCAAGAAGGGGUCAUAUGGAGACGUAGGGAUCGCUCUGGUGGAUCCAGCCUUGUUUGCUCUGUAUGAACUUGCAUCUACAGCUUGCAGAUAUAACUGGUGACCAAACCCAAGUCUGAUCAAAAACCUAUUCCUCCUGACAGGAGGCAGAUAUGUGUGCUUGGGUACCCUAAAUUACUCCACUGCACUUUUUCGAUUCAUAUGCUUAACUGCCAGGUAUUAUCUAUAAUUAGAUACAACCUCUAUCGAACGAGCACACAUGAUUAUAAUCUAUAGACAAAUGUGCGUCUUCUUUGCUCGUGUCUCUAAUGUAUGCGAUGAAAAUUUAUUCAUUAUUAGUGCAAUAAUGCCACCAACAUCUGUUCGCUCAACUCACCACCCUCUUUGAUGCUGAUAACAAGGUGCUUUUACGACGUUGCGUGUAAUAGGUUUUUCGCGAAAAAGCUAUUUCGAGCUAACAAGAUUCAUUGAACGAUGUUUAACUAUGUCCGUACACUUUAAACUAGCACUCAGGACUAUCAUCAGAAAAAUAUAAUCGGACACACAGCAUUAGGACGUAUUCUACGUUAAUGACGCUAUAAAAGCCACCGCUACCACGAAACACUGCUGUAGCUAUGCUAUGUCGAGUGCUAAAAAUGGCCUUUGCUCGCUAAUAUCACUGUAGACGAAGUAAUUAACACAUUGAAUAUGAACAAUGGGGUUAUAUACGCUUGUAUCAGUAUGCUAAAUCGAUGAAAUACUCCAGCUCAUGGUAGCGACACUUUGUCCCGUCAAAGCAUCAGCUAUUAUUGUCAUUAUGACCGACUGCGACUGUCUCAGGAUUUCUUAUUCCCCCCCCCAAAAAAAACUCUGUUUCAACUGUUGUUGAACGCCGCUUGGCGCCCUCUGGUUGCGGGUGUUGAAGGCUGAAUCUAGUUGAACCGAGUCACAGUCUGAGCUGAGUCUGAGUCGGGUGUCGGCUCGUGCUUGUGUGAGCUUCUCAGUGAGAUCGUUCUGAAAGUGGCGUGAAUCUGCUGGGUCGAGUGCGUUCUGCAAUGACUCGUGCUGUCCAGCGCGAGUCUCUGCGGCCGUCAUACCGCAUUUGUUUGCCGAUUUCACUGUUUAGAAUUAAUUCUGUGUGCAAUUUGGGCAGGAUAUUAUUGUGGAUAAAUAAAUCACGCUAAUAGUACCUGAGGCAUUCAGUAAUAAUUGUAAUUGCAUUGCUGCAAGUCUUGCUAUUCAUCGCCUUUGGUUUCUAUUUUGGUCCAUGUAGUUUGCGCGAACCACUAAAGCUUGAGGUUAGAAGGACUAUGGCACGCAUUUUCCGUUUGUUGAAAAUGAAAUGAUCGAAUUCUCCUUCGCCAUGGAGGUUUGUUUCAGCGAUCUCAGUUUGUGUCUCAUUUCAUGGAUUGUUCACGUUGAAAUGUGAUGUUCAUCUCGGCUGAUGUACCGUCAUUUGUGUACAUUUGUGACAUCGUCUUUGUAUAUAAUUCUCUGUCUCUCUUUCAUCUUCAUUUGCUGCUGUUCGGUCCGUCUGUACGUCUGUCGUUCGGUCGCCGCGGCAGCCCUAAGUUGGCGCAGUGUCUGGUGGUCGCUAGCGAUGGUCCCGUUCGGAUCUCGCUGCCGCUGUACUGAGGGUCGCUCGCCGCACGCCGGCGGGCUCGUGCCGCCUGCCGCCGACCGGCCCAGCUCCACACGAGGGCACAGCUCGACACGAACGGAUAGCGCGGGCGCCCGAGACACGGCGCCCACGUGACCAGUGGGGUCGUCUCGACCUGCGCCCCGGGCCGCCCGGCGCCCGGCACGCGGCGCCCGCCCGGCAGGCAGCCGGCGCUGGCGGCGGCACGACACCGCGCCACGACGACUGUGCCCCGUCGCGGCGCGCCCCGCGGCGCCGCCCCCGCCCCCGCCCGCGCCCGCGCCCCGGCCCCGGCCGUUCGCCGCCGACCGCUGAGCGGCUAGCACGCCACAGCUGGGACCGCAAGCACGCCACCACUGCGCCCAGCGGCCGGCCCCGGGCGGUACCUUUGUCGAUGCCACUUGGGCAAAUGAGAGGAUUAGCCGUCUGGCCGGUCGGUGGACGGCAGCUCUGCCGGCAGCGCUGCGCCUCUACUCCGGUAGACAGGUGCACGGCCGGCGGCCGGGGCCGGGCCCGCCAGCGCGCCCCAACAGCGACCCGCUCUACUUUGUCGCCUGUAACCUGUUCCUGUGAACGUAUAUUUAUAUAGUAUGGUGCCGAGCGCAGUUGUCUGAUGUUUAGCUGUUAUAAAGUGAGCCGCGUUGCCCAACUGCGUGGCUGGCGGCGAUUUAUGAGAUUGGUCACGUGCCGUGUUUAUUUAUAUACACGUGUUGUUGCUGAAAACUGAAUGACACUCAGUCGUUUGGAUCUAUUAUCCACAUUUAGAAAUGCAUUGGCUCAUCGACGCCUGUGAAUCUAUGAUCAAUACCUAGCGCUGGAGUCAGAACUGGACGCCGUCAAAAAAAGCGUUCAUCUCUUCCUACUAUUUUCAUUCCGGUCGGAGGCAUACCAAGGAGCUGUUUGAGCGAGUUGUCUGUGCUGUAAUAUGGCGUGCAACCGUAUCACAUGAAUAUAUAAUAUAUUUUUCUUUCUGGAC